GGGAUACAACGCGUAUCUGCCUUCUUCGGAACAUUCCGUUCGCGUCUGGUUCCUGCACGUGCCUUUGCCGCCGUAGAGUUCAUUUCCCAAUUUACUAGCAUGCUCCCGUCGACGCUUGGCCUCGUGCUUCUCUACGUUGCUACCGCGAUGGGCUGCAACGCAACGGGCAAGACGGUCUCCGUCACCGGCUUCAUCAUGGACAAUCUUUGCAUUGACAGGGGCACGCUGCUCGACAAGCCGCAAGUCAAGACGCUUGUCAACCCCGAGCUGCACUCGAUCCACUGCCUCGCGGACGUCAAGGCGUGCGUGAGCUCCAAGUACACCGUCCUGUCGCCGCCAACUGGGAACGCAUCGAAUCUGUAUUCGGUGGCAUAUCAGCUCGACGCCGGCACGACCGAGAAGCUCCAGGCGCUGGCCGAAGCCGCGCGAAAACAGGGUGGCAACCAAGGCUUUGCAGCGACGCUGACGGGCAUCGACGACGGCAGCAAGACGCUGCAGUGUGCCUCUAUCGACCCGACGGUCACGGUGGACGGAAAGACCAUGACAGUCACGAGCGCUGGUCAUGGCACCCCGCUCCUUUCCACCGUGAUCGCAAUCGUAAUGCUCGCGGUGUCGAUGUAAUUUGUCGUGCGUUGUACCUUGCGAUUGAAAUAUGUAGAGCCAAAAUCCAUGAUUUAGAGCUCUUCUUAAUAUAUAUUUAUCAACAUGUUCCG